UUUUAGAGGCCAGAAGUCUGAAAUCAAGGUAUUAGCAGAGUUUGUUCCUUCAGGAGGCUCUGAGGGAGAAUCUGUUCAGUGCCUCUCUUCCAGCUUCUGUGGUUCCUGGCACUCCUUGGUGUUCCUGGGUUGCUGCUACAGCACUCAGGUCUGUGCCUGCAUCUUCACAUGAUGUUUCCCCUGUGUGUGUCUCUCUCUGUCCAGAUUUCCCCCUUAUGAAGACACCAGUCAUUAGGAGGGGACUCACCCUUAUCUCAUAUGACCUCAUCUUAAUUCGAUUUCAUCUUCAAAGAGUUUAUUUCCAAAUAAGGAAGAUGACAUUCACAGGUCCCCGAGGGGUUAGGACUUCAACACAUUUGGGGGUGGGGGGACUACAGGAGCACAUAAUAUUAUGCUACAUACUUAUGCUUGUUUGCGUUCUUUCAUCCCCUGGAAUAUAAGCCCUGAAGGCAGGGACUUGGUUUUGUUCAGUGCUCUCUGAGUCCUACCACAGUGCCUGGAAUGCUCAAUAUUAGUUGGAUGAAAUUGGCCCACAUGAAGUAGAGGAUGAUUUGGAUAAUGAGAAAAUGGGAAAAGCUGGUUAAAAAGACUCUUCAUUCAAGAAGUUUAGCAGGAUGAAAAAGGACCACAGUAAUGGUUAAAUCAACUUUAAGGAUUUCAAACAGUGAAGCUUAGGCCACACUUGUGAGCCACUUUUUCCAUGAGAUGGUUACCCGAGUCCAGGGAUUACCUUUCAGCUCUGCAAGAGAAGAAAAUUAAUUUAGCAGCUUCCCCAGGUACAGGAGAACUGACUCAUGAUAACCAAACUAAAAAGAAAUGGAUUUGUAGGCCAGAAUGCCAUGUAACUAUCAAGAGUGUCUCAAUAGUUAGGAUUGAUUUUUCUGCCAAGGGCAGUACAUUCACUAAUGGUAAUCAGUUUAUACACCCGAAGGUUUCUUGAUAAAUAUGAAAGUUUAGAGUCAGCAGAGUUGAUAUUUCUCAAGGGAUAUUCCAUCAAGCAACGGCAGCUGAUAUACCCUCUUUUGUAGGGUGGGUUUUCCUUAGAGUGAGGGUGUGAGCUCUUCUGCUCAGCAAUUUUUGUGCUUGGGAGACCUGCUUUCUAUAGGCUCAGCAUAUGUUUUAGUGACUCCGCAAUUGAAGCACGGCCAUUUGGAUAUUUUCCCUCUCUUAGUGUGGACAAACGGAAUGAGCUUGGUAAUUAAAUUCUGAUGGCUGGAAAUAAAGGAAGAGGACGUGCUGCUUACACCUUUAAUAUUGAGGCAGUUGGAUUUAGCAGAGGUGAAAAGUUACCUGAUGUAGUAUUGAAGCCACCCCCACUAUUUCCUGAUACAGAUUAUAAACCAGUGCCACUGAAAACAGGAGAGGGUGAAGAUUAUGUGCUGGCCCUGAAACAGGAGUUGAGAGAAACAGUGAAAAGAAUGCCUUAUUUUGUAGAAACACCUGAAGAAAAACAAGAUAUUGAAAGAUAUAGUAAAAGAUAUAUGAAGGUGUACAAAGAAGAGUGGAUACCAGAUUGGAGAAGACUCCCUAGAGAGUUGAUGGCAAGAAAAAAAUGCAAAAAAGCAGGCCCCAAAUCCAAAAAGGCAAAAGAUACAGGCAAAGGCACUUCACUCACUAAUACUGCAGAUGUAUUGAAGAAAAUUGAGGAAUUGGAAAAGAGAGGUGAUGGUGAAAAAUCAGAUGAGGAAAAUGAAGAGAAAGAAGGAAGCAAAGAGAAAAGUAAAGAAGGUGAUGAGGAGGAGGAUGACAAUGCUGCAGAACAAGAGGAAUAUGACGAAGAAGAGCAAGAAGAGGAAAAUGACUACAUUAAUUCCUACUUUGAAGAUGGAGAUGAUUUUGGUGCAGACAGUGAUGACAACAUGGAUGAAGCAACCUAUUAGCUAUGAAAUUUCUCAAAAAAUAUUUUUAUGAUACAGCUUCUGAACAUUUGAACAGACUUGUUUUCUAUUUUAUUUCUGAUAAGGAAUGAGUAUUUUAUUUUUGUUCCUGUUUUGUUGGAAAGAUACUUGUUACCAAAAUAUUCAGAACCACUUGGAGUUUACAUACUAGUUACCUUACCAAUUAGUCUCUGACAUUCCUUCUCAACACCUCUGUCAUCUCUCUAAUGUAUUCAAGUGGAUUUUUUUUUUUUUGGUAUUAUUUGGAUUAGAAUGUACCUAAAGAGUUUUUGCAUCUUUUAAUCUAUGUAUUCAUACUUAAACAAUUUUUUCAUGUUUAACUGCUGACCUUUUCUAAAACUACUAGUCAUCAUAACGGAUUUCUAUAAUCUGAAAGUUGGUUUAAUACUGCACAUAGAGCACUUUAAAUACAAAGAAACUUGAAAAUAAUUUUAUUUUUUACUUUUACAUGAUAUGUUCUGUGCUACUAUAUUAUGACUACAUAAACCUACCUGAGCUCUUACAAGUGCACAUUUUAUGAGAUUAAAAAUUUCGUGAUUGGAAACACAUGCACAGGGAAAAAUGCCAAUCUGAGCUAAGUAAAUUUCACAGCUUACAUCUUAACCAAUACAAAGGCCUGGGAUGCAUAUUAAAAAUACUUGAAUUGGAGGCUAACUUCAUACCAUACAAUAUAUGAAUCAAUCAUCCCACUGUAACAAGUUUGAUAUCUCUGAGUCAUUGGCUUAUGAAAAAUUAGACUGAGAUUUAAUUUUGUACUUUAUAAAAAUGUAGACUAAAUUCUAGUCAUAUAAAUCUCAUUGCAGUAUGCAUGUAUGUGUAAUCUGUGAGGUGUAGUGGCCUCUGUUACGUUUCACAGGCCUGAGCUCUCCAAUUGAUUUAUAUAACAAUGCAGAAUGAAACUCAGGUCACUUUGAAAUUUAGAUUAAUCUUUUUUGAUUCAUUUAAAAACUAGCUCCCCUGCCUUUUUGUAUUGGGGUGGGGGGGAGAAUAUCUAUAAACUUCAGCCUCCAAUGACUCACAUAUGCCAAAGAUUUUCAAGGAAAUUCAUAUUAUAUAUUUUAAAAAUGAUUUAUGAACAUUACCCACCAAAAGAAAUAAAUUUUUCCCUCUUGGGAAGAUACCACCCAUUACCCUCUAACCUGAGAAUCAAGAGCCCUAGAUUCUAUUUCUACCUUUACUAUUAAACUCAACCUUGAAAUUGAGCUUAAGUUUUCUGUGCCUUAGUUUCUUCACUUGUGAACAAUUUUCUAUAAAAAUUGUUUAAACUCUAACCAAAGUUUACCAUAUGUAUUCAUUCUCUCACCUUGUAGAAAUGAUCAUUCUUAAUUUAAAUUUAGUUCUCACCCUUUAAAAAAUUGUAGAUGGUAAAGUGAUUGAAAACAGUUUUGAGAAACAAACAUGUUUUCCUCAUAAAAUAUAUUAUAAUCUGAUUUUCCCAUCUUAUUUAUGGUGGGAAAAAUUGGAGAAAAUGUGUAUUGUCUUGUGCCAUUUUGUAACAUGGCUUUCUCAGGAAAAAGACCACUUUCAAUUGUAAUAUUUCUCAGAUAAUUCAGUAUGUGUGUGAGGGCCAUUAUUAGUUCAGUAUUGUGCUGAUCCUAUGUGAUUUCUUAUUUAAAGGAGCUUAUCAAUAAUUUUAAAGAUUCUAAAUGGAAAACAUGAAUAAAACACUCUAAAGUAUGAGCAAUCUACCGUACUUCUUAGAGUAGAAUCCUCAGUUUUCAGUUGUAAUGGGCAAGUAGUCAUUUAGGAUUGAUAAUUAACAGAAGUUUCUUAAUCUCUCACCUCCUUAGUACUAUAGCCAAAUACCAUUUAAUUUAUAGAAAGCUUAUCUUUAUGGUUCUGUUUACUUGCUUUAUUAUACAUAUGAAGAUAACACUUAAAUUGGGCAAAUACACCAAAGAUACAGGAAUCUUUCCCUGGCUUUCAAUUUGUUGCCACCAUUUUAGUCCUGCAGAUGGUAAAGCAUCUCCUAUGGGCAAGGAUUUCCUGGGAAGGCCCCAGCCAUCUCCGUUAAGUGCAUCGUCUUCCUCCUUUGGAAGAUCUUAUGUUUAAAGUAGACUAAUUGUGAGAACAGGCAGAAAGUAUUUGCAGGUUGCUUUACCAGCAUGAAUCUUGUUUUUCUGGCUUAAAAUCCCAGAGAGUGCUAAAUUAUUCUAUAAGAAGGCAAGCUUUAAUACAGAGAUUAACCUCCUACUUGUUGGUGAAGUAUCUUUAAAAUUUCUAUAUAAGAUGCAAAACUGUUUUGUUGCUCUAAUGCUUAUUUUUCUGUAUUGUUUACACAUUAAAUUCUUACAAUAGUGUC